AUGUCUUUUCAACAACCGACUACCACGCCUUUGGGUGUCGGGUCCGCUGCGACGUCCGAUCAUGACAGCGUGAAAUCCAAAGGCCAUCCCGACGACAAGCUUCCCGGCAACGUUACACCCCAUACUCCAGCAGCAUUGGCACCAAGAGAGGCUGAGCGUAUGGAAUCGGUGAUCGGUGAUGCUAUUCUACGUUUCUUGGGCCUUCGAAAAGGCCCGAAGGUUAAGCCGUAUGACCUUGAUGCGAUCGCAACACAACCCAGUAUAUGGGAUUCCGAGAACGUGGAAGAAUUGAAGCAACUCUACAUUCACCCCCAAUGGGAAAACUGGUCUGCUUUUGACCCUAGUUUCCGAUGGACGUGGAGAGAAGAGAGAGCGGUUCGACGGAAGGUUGACUGGAAGAUUAUGGUCUGGGUGUGUAUUAUGUUUGCUGCCCUCAACAUCGACCGAGGAAAUAUUUCCAACGCCGUUUCGGACAACAUGCUAGAAGACUUGGGCCUUAGUCGCGCCGACUACAAUCUUGGUCAAACUAUCUCGCGAGUUGGCUUUCUGGUAGCAGAACUACCUUCCCAACUUAUUUCCAAGCGUAUCGGUCCUGAUUUUUGGAUUCCGAUCCAAAUCUGCAUUUUCAGCGUUAUAUCAGCAAUGCAGUUCUUCCUCAAAGGCAGAGCUUCUUUCCUCGCCACUAGAUACUUAAUAGCAACGUUCCAAGGUGGUUUUAUCCCGGACACGAUCCUUUACCUUAGUUACUUCUAUACUGGUAGAUCUCUUCCUAUUAGGUUAGCUUGGUAUUGGAUGUCUUCACAAAUGGUCGAUAUCGGUGUCGGUUUCGCUGCUGUUGGUCUCCUAUCCAUGCGCGGUAUCCUGGGGUACGCAGGUUGGCGGUGGUUGUUCCUCAUUGAGGGUGCUUUUACUUUCUCGGUUGGAGUUGCUUCCUUCUUCCUCAUGCCUCAAUCUCCGGCUAAGACAAAGAGCUGGUGGAACCCUAAAGGGUAUUUCACCGAAAAGGAAGAGAAGAUUAUUGUCAACUCGGUUAUCCGAGACGAUCCUCAGAAAGGAGGAAUGUAUAAUCGACAAGGUCUCUCCCUCAAACAAAUAUGGGAAAGUGCAAAAGAUUACGAUAUGUGGCCAUUAUAUGCUCUAGGUCUAUUAUUCGGUAUACCGAAAUAUCCCGUCAGUCAAUACUUGACGCUUUCCUUCCGAGGCCUAGGAUUCAACGUCAUCCAGACCAACUUACUUUGGAUUCCGAACAUCGUCGGUUCCAGCAUAUCCAUGUUAAUCAUCACUGCGGUGAGCGAGUUGAUAAAUAAUAGGAGUUUCGUAUCGAUGGCGGAAGAUGCUUGGUUGUUGCCCUGUUUCGCUGCUUUGAUAGCCCUGCCGGAUCCGAUCAGCCCUUGGGCGUACUUCGCCAUUGCAACAGUGUUGUUGUCAUUUCCAUACACCCAUCCUAUACAAGUCGCCUGGACGAGUAGGAAUGCAGGAUCCGUCCAGAACAGAACAGUCUCUGCUGCUAUCUACAACAUGUGGGUUCAAGUCAGCGGAAUGAUCGGCGCGAACGUCUACCAACCCAGCGACUCGCCGCGAUAUUUCAAAGCAAACAAGGGUUUACUAGUUAUCUGUAUCUGGAUGUGUAUAAUACAAUACCCGGGUACAUAUUAUUACUACCGAUGGAGAAAUAAUUCAAAGGCGAAGAAGUGGGAUGCUAUGACUCCAGAAGAACAAGACAACUACAGGACGACUACAACCGAUAAGGGUAACAAGCGACUCGAUUUCCGUUUCGCAACUUAA